GGUCGAAUUAGAGUUCUUACGUGUAUAUGUCAGUGGCCAAUAUCACCUCAUUGGAUAAAAGCCAUACCAAGCAGAGUCCCCUGUCAUCGCCAUCAGCGGAUAAAUCUAGACUCUGAACAUGGAUAAAUCUGCGUCCCAACAUUGUCUGUUCAACGGAACCGGUAGUCAGAUAUUUAAUAUCGAUCAGUGGAGACAUGCCGGUAUCGCCCAACAAAUAACAUGUGAACGUCGCUCUUUCAUGAUGUCGUGAUGAGGCCACCCUGGCCUGCCGUCGCGGUUGCAGCCUGAUAGCGCGGCAGCAAGGGACGAUGCCUGAACUUGCCCCUUCUCAACGGCAAGAGAUGAAUAUCAAGAGAAUCGCAGAGCUAGAAGAGACACGCAACCAAUAGAACAUCUACACCUUCCUAGAUGAACAUCUGACGAAAAAGACGAUGAAACGCUUAAUAUCCCAGAAAAUCCUCCUUCUCCUCACCCUCCCCAGCCCAAUCCAAGCCCUGCUUCUCCUCUCCCGCAGCAACACCGACUUAGCAGACGCGUCCUCAACACAAUCCGCACCCGGAAACGUAGAAUGCGCCACAGCCUCCCUAGCAAGCACAUUCAACCUCAGCUUCGUCAGCUACGGGAACUACACCGCGCUCCCCGGGCAAGGCGACGACGACGGGGGGUUAGUGCCGCAGCAACUGAUCUCGAUGUCGUUCGCGGUGGCGAACGCCGCGAACGGGAUCUACACGAUAUGCGCGUUCCCGCUAGGCCAUCUCUCCAAAUCCGGGAAUGACUCCGAUGCGCCGGCGCGGUGGGUCGAGGACGCGUCGUGGCAAGCGUGCGCGGACCGCAAGGACAAUGAUGGCAAGCAUCGGUUUACGAUCGCGACGGGGGCGGCGUUUGCGCUGGGGGAGGGGGGGCUGAGGGUUAAUCAGACUUGGUUCUGUCAUGAUGAUGCGGGACGUUUGUGAGUUUCUGCUUUCGCUUAUACCUAUCCCAAUCCCUAUCCCUACCUACUUAUACAUAAUAUUCCAUGACCCUUGGAAGAAAGGAAAUCACAUCUGCAUAUGUAUGUGUACCUCCCGACCUAGGGAGAAAUACAUGGAAAGGAGAUUCCCGUAGUAAUGGUGAUGGAGGAGAUGUGAUGCUGAGUGAUGAACACCCCCCUUUCCAUUGUAGACCCCUAACGUGGUCUAGGGUUGCGUAUACGGGAGUCGCGAAUGGGACUCUGGAUAUGGCUUGCGCCGAUGGUGGUGAGAUAGGCGGAUAUCAUGUUGAGAAUUGUACGUCGGUUGACGUGUCGCUUCCGAUAACGUUGUUGUGAGAUUCUACGACGUUGGUCUAGCUUGAGAGAUAUCUGAGAAAUUCAGGGGUUUUAUUUUGUCUUGGGGGUUACCUAUUUGCACUAAUUGAAGGACAGCGAUUUGGAUGGAUAUGGGAAAUGGCUUUGGCUUCUUUAUACUGAGGUCUGUAAGUUGAGUAGCUUAAUAGUUUUUCUAGUAUGUAGCUAUAAGAUUAAUGAGCUGUAUUUUGAUUGUGAGAUUCGAAUUGCUCUACGACUUAGGGAAUCUCAUGAAGUAUGUAGUGUAUGUGCUUUAAGGAUCUGACUAGUUGCCAUUAUAUUAUUCUUUUAAGGCAUUUGUGAAGAGAUGCU